CCUCUCGUGUAGUGUGAGCAGGAACUAAACUUGAGCAGAAAAUGGCAGAAGUACCUCCAGCCGCCGCACCGGCCAAAGCCGUCAAGAAGAAGGUUACUAAAGCGAAGAAAGCUGGCCCCAGCGUCCGGGAUCUCAUCGUGAAAAUUGUGGCCGAAUCCAAGGAGCGAAGUGGCGUGUCUCUGGCCGCCGUUAAGAAGGCUCUGGCUGCCGGAGGCUACGAUGUGGAGAAGAACAAUGCACGCGUCAAGACCGCCAUCAAGACCCUGGUCGUUAAUGGAGCUCUGGUCCAGACCAAGGGCACCGGGGCAUCCGGAUCAUUCAAAAUGAGCAAGAAGGUUGCCGAACCUAAGGCCAAGAAGCCCGCAGCAAAGAAAGCCGCUCCUAAAGCCAAGAAGCCCGCAGCCAAGAAACCAGCAGCGGCCAAAAAGCCCGCGGCAGCAAAGAAGUCUCCCAAGAAGGCGAAGAAACCUGCAGCGGCCAAGAAAGCAGUUACCAAGAGCCCCAAGAAGGCCACCAAGAGCCCGAAGAAAGCCGCCAAAAAGACGGUGGCAAAGAGCCCCAAGAAGGUAGCGAAAAAAGCCCCUGCAGCCAAGAAGUCCCCCGCAAAGAAGGUUGCAAAGCCCAAAGCGAAGAAGGCAGCACCCAAGAAGAAGUGAGCUGUCAUCAGUCUGAUCUGCUAAGAUCCACAAAAGGCUCUUUUAAGAGCCACCCACCUCA